AUGCUGGGUUCUUCUCUCCGCAUUUUCUCCCCUCGAGCAGUUUCCAGGUUGUCUUUUUCAACAACUUCAGUCGAAAAAGCUGAGAAACUUUGGGAAAAUCCAUGGAAACAUGCUCUCCCUGAAAAGUCCAGAAGUCUUGCAACGGUCGAAGAAGCUCCUAUCGAUUGGUCGUAUGUGGAAAGAUUGAUGCCAAUAGAAGUGGUGCCGAAUGUUCCUGAGCACGAAAAGUAUCCUACACCAAGCGGAUGGACACCACCGACAGAAGCAGCCAAGACACAUCAAUACUACAUUCGACGUCGUCAUGACCAUCUUCUUCCUCUUUAUUUGGAACGAAAAAGGGAUUUACUGAAUGAGAAAACGUUGGAUUUUGAUUAUGUCGAGCUAGUAACUAUCAGAAACGUCGACGGAGACAUUUUUGCUUGCGAAAAUGAUCUCCGCUCCUAUCUUGAAGAACAUCUUGGACAUUCGAUCGCCAGUCACGUCGAUGAGUUGAAAGGUCGUAUCAAAAUUAAAGGAGCUCCACGUGUUCUUAUUGAGCAAUUCUUCUACAGCAAAGGAUUCUAGAUGUAUUCUUGAUAUAUCUUUUAGUUUUUUAUCUAGGCAGAUUUGUUUUGUUGUGAAUUUAUUGUUGGAGAAUGAACUAGAAAAAUUCA